UUAUUUUUAAGUAAGAACUUAUACAUAUUUUAAUAAAAAUAGCUACUUACUGUGUUUUUAUCCGUUUAUUUAUUUAUCUCUCUAUCUAUUUAACCAUUUUAUAAUCCCUCUUAUUUUAAUAAACUCUUUUAACCUUUAUAAUAAAGCUAUUAUUCAACAAUGAGGGAAAUAAUUUUUGUAUUACCUGUCGUGUUAUUUUUUUUUACAAGUUCUUUAACCCAAGUUAUUAAUCAGGAGAACAAUAAAAUUCCUGCGUAUAGCACUAUAGCUAAUUCAGUGCAACCUCCUCAAAUUGUUAUUGAUGUUAAUAAACAUAAAAAUGUGUAUGAUUCAAUUUUAAGAAAAAACAACAUGGAUAUUCUGGAAAAGAAUAAUAAACUGGAAAAUAUUACUAGUAGUGUGGAAGAAUUAUUACAUCUUAUUGAGGAUAACAAAAAUGAACUAUUAAAAGAUACUACUCCAGAAGAUUAUGGAUUAAAAAUAAAAACAGAAAUUAUGAAUGCAACUGAUGAACAUGUUUUAAAUUUAUUAUUAAAUAAUGAAGAAGAUAAAUUAAAAGAAACUAAGGCAGAACAAAUUGGCCCAAUCAUAGUAGUUUUACCUCAACCCUUAUCAGAUCAGGAAUCGCUUUAUUACGACAAAUACAAAGAUCUAAUAAAAGAUGUUGAACCAACGAAGAGUUUAUUAUUGAGAGUUAUCUAUUUUGAAAAAAUUGCAACAAUUAAAAGUCAAAAUAAAAAAGAAGCUACCGAUGAAUUGGAAAAUACCAAGGAUAUAAUAAAAAAGUGUGAAUCAAGAAUAAAUGCUAUUAAAGCAAUAUUAGAUGAAAUAUCAUACAACGCAUAUGGAAAUGAAGAUAAAACUACUAAAAGAUUGAAGAGCGAAAAGGAAUUUUUAAAUCAGAAAUUAAAUGUUUUAAAUCGUAAAAUUAGAAAAUUAGAACGGAAUUAUUUCAAAAAUAUUCCUCUUUUCAAAUCUUAAAUGAUGAAAAGAAGAGAGAAAAAA